AUGGUAGUUGACGAUAAGGAAGUCUCUGAGGUCAAUGAUGCCGCCAUUGGCCUCAAUGAUGAUGUUGAUGAGAAAAAAGGAAACGCGGCCGACCGCGCGGACAUGUACCGUAUGGGCAAGGUACAGGAAAUGAGGAGAAAUUUUCGCUUCCUGUCUAUCUUUGGCUUUUCUAUGAUUCUUAUGGCGUCAUGGGAGUUCUCUUUAAGUGUAUCUACCAUCGGACUUGUUAAUGGCGGAACUGCUGGUUUAAUCUGGAUGUUCUUUGUUUGCUGGAUGGGUUUCCUCCUGGUGAACACGACCAUGGCCGAGAUGGCUUCAAUGGCUCCAACAACCGGAGGACAGUAUCACUGGGUAUCUGAAUUUGCGCCGCCGCAGUAUCAGAAAUUCAUCAGUUAUCUCAUGGGGUGGAUGUGCGUACUUGGCUGGCAGACAUCUUGUGCAUCCUCUGCAUUCAUUGCCGGCACGCAGAUUCAAGGUCUUAUUGUUCUCAACAGCCCCGACUAUGUCCCCAAACCAUGGCAUGGCACUCUACUCACUGUGGCCGUUGCUGCUUUCUCAGUACUCUUCAAUACUGUCCUUGCUAGGAAGCUGCCACUGAUUGAUGCGCUCAUCCUUGUUAUCCACAUCUUCGCCUUUUUCGGCAUUCUGGUUACUCUCUGGGUUCUUUCACCGACAGCAGAUGCUAAGGCUGUCUUCACCGAGUUUAGUGACGGUGGAGGUUGGGGCAGCGUGGGAGGCUCAACCCUCGUGGGAAUUCUCGCAGGAGUUUUGCCGCUGUUAGGUGCAGAUGCCGCUGUCCACAUGUCUGAAGAGCUGCGCGAUGCCGGCCGCGCUUUGCCACGUUCCAUGAUUACGACCACCAUUUUCAACGGCGCUUUCGGAUGGAUUAUGGUUAUCACAUUUUGCUUCUGCAUAGGCGACCUCUCCGAGGUCAUCGAGUCUCCAACCGGCUAUCCCUUUAUGCAGGUCUUUUACAACUCGACAAAGUCAACCAGCAGUGCUACCGCGAUGUCGGUGUUUAUUGUUGCCAUGACUGUAUUCUCCAAUCUGACUAUGGUGGCCACGGCGUCGCGCCAGCUCUUUGCGUUUGCUCGAGACCAUGCUGUUCCUUUCAGUCCUUGGUUUUCCAAGAUUAAAAUAGGAUGGGAUGUACCGCUUAAUGCCAUUCUGACGACUUUCCUCAUCUCAAGCCUUCUUUCACUUAUCAACAUCGGCUCGGCUGUCGCACUAAACUCUAUCACUUCUUUAGCAACAACAUCACUUCUAUCUAGUUACAUCGUCUCUACUGGUUGUAUGAUCUGGCGGCGAUGGACAAAGAGCCCACUUCUUCCAUCCAAGUUCAGUCUGGGGCGAUGGGGCCUUACUAUAAAUAUUGCCUCCGAGGCCUUUCUCGUUGUUAUCUUCGUCUUGGCAUUUAUGCCGGGCAACCCUAAUCCGACGGCAGCUCAGAUGAACUGGAACAUUGUGAUUUACGGUGGCGUUACGAUUUUUUCUUUGGCAUACUACUUCUUUCGUGGAACUCACAGGUAUCACGGUCCGGUCGCUUAUGUCAGAGUUCUUCAACAAUAGAAAAAUGACAAUGCAUUGUUCUUAGUUAAGCCAGACCUCCAAGAAAUUGAGUAGUCGCAUUGCUUUCUAGGGCUCUUUUUAUCUGUAUGGUAAUAUAGGCAGUUUAUCAUCCGCAUACAAAAGGGUAAAUAUAUUUAUAGCCUCU